AUGACUCAAGUCGACGCCUUACAAGAGCAACUAGAAACAAUCGAACACACUCUCCGCUCACGCUCGCAAUGGCAUCCACAACCCACCUCCUCACAGACCGCCAGCUCCGCGAUCCUCGACAUAUCUGAUCUCAAAUCCGCCAUCGACCUCCUGGAUCAAGUAGUGACUCACUCCCACCCCUCACACCAACUGACCCCUCGUUCAUCUUUCUCAACAUAUACGUGGACUUGGGACCCUGCGUGGAAAGAAUUCCACACGCACAUCCCUGAGCAGCAAACCUAUGUCUACCUCUCGAGGUGGCACCUUAAUCAAGCGAGGGGUGUCUGGGAGCACAGGAGUAUGGCGCACAUAGCGAAUCUCGGGCCAGACAGAGCGGCAGAGUUGUUGGGGUGUUGGGAGGAUUGGGAGUGGGAUCCGAUUUGGGAGGAGUGGUACCUGGACGUUACGCAAGAUCAGGAGGAUGGGGAAAAAUGUUGUGUGUAUGCUAGUCGGUGGCGGGUGCAGGACGAUGGAGAGUGGGUGUAUGCCGGGCGGUUUGGAGGUGCUGGAGCGGGCUAG